GCCAGUUCGUCCAGCCAAAAAAAUGCCGCCUUCACAGCUAAAGCAGCUGAAGGCUUCGCUUAAGGAUAGCGGGGUGAUUGCUCCCCAGCAAUCUAAGAAGCAGAAGCGCCAAAAUGCGAAGUCUGGUGCCGCGGCGCAGAAUCGGAACCAGCGCAAUGCCGCUUUACAAGCAAUUCGAGAUCGGUUCAACCCUUUCGAGAUCAAAGCGCCUUCCAAUCGGAGCAAAUUCGAAGCGACUACUCGGGAUUCAGGCUCGAAGCCUGCUCCGCGCGCCCGUCCGGGUGUCACAAAGUCUUUGGGCGAGGAAAGGCGCCGUGCGACCCUUCUCCAAGAGAUGAACAGCCGUAACAAAGUCGGUGGACUUGUCGAUCGCCGUUUCGGUGAAAACGAUCCGACUAUGACCCCCGAAGAACGAGCCGCCGAACGAUUUGCGAGAGAGAGCCAGAGGAAGAUGCGCAAGGAAUCGAUGUUCAACCUCGAGGAUGAGGAGGAAGAUUUCCAGCUUACCCAUUUGGGUCAGUCUUUGGAUCUUGAAGGAGCGAAACUGGACGAUUUCGAGGCUGGCGACUUGGGGGGUGAAGAAUCGGACGAGGAAUCUUCACGAAAACGAAAGCGCUUCAUCGAUGAUGAGGAAGAUAUGGACAUGGACAUGGACAUGGACAUGGAUUUUAUCGAUCACGGGGAGAAUGAAAAUCAGCCCGAGCGGAAGAAGUCCAAGGCCGAAGUGAUGAAGGAAGUCAUUGCCAAAUCUAAGUUCUACAAGCACGAGCGACAACAGGCCAAGGAGGAUGACGAAGAUCUUCGGGAUCUGCUGGAUCAAGAACUCCCUGAUCUCUUCGAGGCUUUGCGAGGCAUGAAGGUCCCUGGUAAGCAGCCAGAGCCGGUCAAGCAAGAUCUGGACGCCAUGAACCCGGAUCGUGCAGCCCUACUACAGGAACCAGAGAAGAAGGACACCGAAAGAGAAUACGACCAGCGACUCAAGCAACUGACAUUCGACAAGCGGUCUCAGCCUACAGACCGUACAAAGACCGAAGAAGAGAAGGUGGAAGAAGAGGCUGCGCGAUUGAAGAAGCUGGAAGAGGAUCGAGUCCGCAGAAUGCGUGGUGAACAGGUCAGCGACGACGAGGAAGAGGAGUCUGACAAGGACUCCUUCAUGCAGGACGACGAGGAUGAAGAGAUUGAUGAUGCGGAGGCUUUCGGCCUUCCCACUCAAUCGUAUCAGCCGCGUCCUGAAAUAGCUGUGGAGGAUGAAGACGAUUUUGUUAUCGACGAUGACUUGGUCGAAACAAGGUCAAACGUCAGCCUCGACAUGGGUGGGAGUGAUAUGGAAGAGGAGGAUCUUUCCGAAGAAGAGGAGAGUGAGUCAGACAAUGAAGACGAGCUCAUCAACGGAAUGACACUGCCAUCGACCACUGCUUCUGGAGCCGCAUCUACAGCUGUCGAAGUCAACCAAACCGCAGAGGGAAAACUGGCCUUCACAUACCCUUGUCCGUCCGACCACGCUAGCUUCCUUGAGACCAUCAAGGGUGUUCCCACCCAAGAUAUUCCAACCGUCGUCCAGCGCAUUCGUGCUCUGCAUCACCCUCGCCUUCAGCCUGGUAACAAGGAAAAGCUCGGACGGUUUGCCGAGAUUCUAGUUGAACAUGUCUCAUAUAUGGCCAACACGAGCGAGUUGCCUUCGUUUGCCGUAAUCGAGAAUAUUCUGCGCCAUAUUCACUCAUUGGCCAAAACUCACCCGGUGAAUGUCGCCAUGGCGUUCCGUGCACGUCUUCGCGAGAUGUCCAACGACCGUCCCCUUAACCUUCUUCCUGGUGAUCUGGCCAUUCUGUCCGGCAUCUCAACCAUCUUUCCUACCUCUGAUCACUUUCAUUCUGUUACCACUCCAGCUUACCUGUGCAUGGCUCGAUUCUUGGGUCAGUGUUCGGUCAACACACUUUCCGACUUUGUGACUGGCGCUUUCGCCACGAGCUUGUGUCUCCAGUACCAGAGCGUUGCAAAGAGAUACAUGCCCGAGUUCAUUAACUAUACACUGAAUGCCCUUUGCAACAUCGCACCUACAGAGCCGACUUCGGAAGUUGGAUUCUUCCCAUCCAGAAAAUCCGACGAGUCUGUCCGGCUCGCACCAUCCAAGAAGGUCACUCCGCGCAAGUUGCAAUUCCGAGAUAUUGUGACCUCGGCUUCCGACUCUUCAGUGCAGGAAGACCUCAAGGUCUCUCUUAUCACCCUCUUCGUCUCUCUCCUCGACUCCGCCUCUGAUCUGUGGUCGGAGAAAUCCGCCUUCGUUGAGAUUUUCACUCCUGUCCGCGCUGUCCUUCAGCACAUCCGUCAAUCAUUCAAAGGCAAAGCCUUUGCCGCAGCUCGAGACCCCGUCCAGACGACUUUGGACAAGAUCGACUCUCACCUUGCUCGUGCUCGUCUUGUCCGCCGCCCGUUGUUGCUCCACAAUCACAAACCGCUGGCCAUCAAGUCCGCCAUUCCGAAAUUCGAGGAGGACUUCAACCCGGACAAGCACUACGACCCGGACCGCGAGCGUGCCGAGUCCAACCGCCUCAAGAAGGAGUUCAAGCGCGAGCGCAAGGGUGCCAUGCGCGAGCUGCGCAAGGAUGCCAGCUUCGUUGCACGCGAGAAGCUGCGCGAGAAGAAGGAGCGCGACGCCGAGUACGAGAAGAAGUACAAGAGGCUCGUUGCCGAGAUCCAGAGCGAAGAGGGUCGUGCUGCCAACGAUUACGAACGGGAGAAGAGAGGGCGCCAGGGCAAGCGGUAA